AUGAAGCCGCUUGCUUCGCUGAUUUGCUGGCUCCUCUGGGCUCAAGCAACCCUUGUCGGCGCCGCAACGUUCACCAACCCGCUCAAGGACCCCAAUGGCUCGGAUCCUCACAUUGUGUGGUCAGGCGGUUACUACUACCUGAUGACGACCACCUGGACCAACCUCCAGAUCACGAGGGCCACAACGCUGAACGGUCUGAAGACCGGCGAGACGAAGACCGUCUGGACCGACACCAACUCGGCGCGCUGCUGCAACGUUUGGGCGCCCGAGCUCCACUACUUUGACGGCGUAUGGUACAUCUACUACACCGCAGGAACCAGCGCCAACCUCGACGGCCAGCGUCCCCACGUGCUCAAGGGCGGCGCCACGCCAUGGGACUCGUGGUCGUACCUCGCGCAGCUCACGACGACGUGGGGCAUCGACGGCACGGUGGUGCGCUUCACGACGGGCAACUACUUCGUCUACUCGUGCAUGAGCAACAGCCUGCAGUCGCUGUGCAUCGCGCCGCUCAACUCGCCCGGCAGCCUCGGCGCCAGCAAGGUGCUGUCGCAGCCGACCGAGUCGUGGGAGACGGUCGGCGCGCCCGUGCAGGAGGGCGCCGCCGCCAUGUACCACGGCGGCAAGACGUACAUCACCUACUCGGCCAGCUACUGCUGGACCUCGAGCUACCAGCUCGGCCUGCUGACCUGGAACGGCGGCGACCCCGCCUCGUCGAGCAGCUGGGUCAAGAGCGGCCCUGUCUUCAGCUCGGCGAACGGCAACUAUGGGACCGGUCAUAACGGGUUCUUUCAGAGCCCGGAUGGUACGGAGAUCUGGAACGUAUACCACGCCACUGCCAACAGUGCGGGCGCCUGCGACGGCAACAGAUACACGGCGGCGCAGAAGGUCAACUGGAACUCGGAUGGCACGCCCAACUUCGGCACCGCCGCUGCCUUGGGAACGAGCCUUGCCGGACCUUCCGGCGAGUAG